GCAGGUCUGAUUUGGAAUCUGUUAUGACUGCCAUUUUUAACAAUAUAUUAUGCAUAAAAGAUUCUGAAACUACAUCAAGUUCACAUCUGGACAUUGUCAACAUAUUUCUGAAUGCUGCAAAUUUCUCCGUGCAUGAUGAAGGGUGCACUGAGGAGACUAUGUCUUUUGAAGAUUUCAGAAGUUGGUGUACUCAUCUCCCAUCUGUGAGGAAGCUUCUUGGAAGCUUGCUUUUGCCACCUGAUUCAGGACGACCAGGUUCUCAAAUUCCUAAACUAUUGACAUCAAAGGCUAUUGAUUCUAACAUUGUACUUUUGAGAAAGGAAUAUGCUUGGCAUAUAGGAGGAGCACUUUCUCAGCAAGAGCUGGAAGAUUGGAAGCUUUUGUAUCAUAGUGCUGUUAAUGGUCUUAGUUUUAAUACAUUCUUGGGAAAUAUUUCAAAUCAUGAAGGACCAACUGUGUUAAUUAUUAAGGAUAAAGAGGGUUAUAUAUAUGGAGGAUAUGCUUCUCAGCCCUGGGAGCGGCAUGCUGAUUUUUAUGGAGACAUGAAAUGUUACCUUUUUCAACUAAAUCCGAAGGCAUCUAUAUUCAGACCUACUGGAGCAAACAGUAAUCUACAAUGGUGCGCCAUCAACUUCAGUUCGGGGGACAUUCCAAAUGGCAUUGGUUUUGGGGGACGAGUUAAUCACUUGGGUUUAUUUCUCUCAGCUAACUUCGAUCAAGGGCAUACGUUUUCAUGUUCUACAUUUGCUAGUCCUUGCCUCUCCAAGACUAACCAUAUAUUGCCAGAAGUAAUAGAGUGCUGGGGAGUGACUCAAGGUGCGGUACAAGGCAAGAACGACGCCGUCAAGGGCACUGUACUCGAGAGGUUUAAGGAAGAUCGUCAUAUGCUCAAUAUGGUAGGGUUAGCAAAUUCCAGCGAGUAAAAGUAGUCCAUUUGUGUAAUCUAAUCCACUUUCCAUUAUCUCCCGGAUUUUCCUUUGAAUUAUUGUUAAUACGCCACAUGUAGCAGUAAUUUUUAUUUUUAUUUUAUUUUUUUGCCUUUCUUCGUUACUUCUAUGAGACUAGUGGUAUUUAACUCCACUUUUAAAGCCUACUUAGAGAAAAAAUGGAUGU